CGAGGAAGCCGCGGGGCAGUCCAAUGAUCAAGAGGGCCUCCAACAGGGAGCGAGAGCCGACAUCAGCAUCAGCAGCAACGGUUAAGGUCGAGAGGGUGGCGGAAAGUAGCAAGACCCUGCCCGGCCCCCCGGGGUCCCGUGGGAGGCGAGCGCAGUCCUCUUCACCUCAAGCACGGCCGCUGGAGCCUCGGCCGCUAGCUGUCGUCAUACCCUCACCAGCAGCAAAGCACGCAGGUGAGAUACUUGAUGCUUUGCUGGAUCGUUUUUGUAUCUAUCUGCUCUACGUGCCGUGCGUAUGUCUGUCUGGCUGCCUGUUUGCAGCUGCCCCUUCGCCCAUCCCGCUGCCCCCGCGUCAGGUAUCCCCUCUCCCCGGCGACCUGAGGGCCUCGCGGGAUAUCGAUGUCACUGAGAUGCGGCCCAUCAGCCUGCCCACAGCACCUCCGCAUUCCAGCGGUGGGGGUGCAUCGUCCAGCCUGUCGCAGCCGGCGCCAUCUUUUCCCUCCUCCCAGCGGCUGCCGUCUCACGAGAACUCCGACAGGGAGUCGUCGCCGAGCUCGUCUUGGGGGUCAUCCGUGGUUCACUUCUUUCGCGUAGCCGUGUGUGGGCAGUGCUUCGCAGAUGAGAUACCCGCGGUACGUACGGGAUCGGGUCGAAACACUCGCGCAAGAAAAAACAAACGAGCAUCUAGUGAUCGAUCGUCUUUUCUGAUUGGAUUGCAGGGUGGUGAUUAUGUGGAGCACUCGUCCGUGCCCUUGCCCGGCAUGGACAUGGAGGUCAGCGGUGCCCGCAAAGGUGUCGUGGGCGCGAAUCCGACGUGGGUGCCUACAAGGACCGCGACCAGGCCGAGAAGCUGUUCGAUCGGAUGA